UGUUUUCCAUGUAACGUGGGUCACAUGAUCUCCUGACGUCACGCGAGAACGCAACCUGCUUGUUGGCUAACUGUGUAGCCUCUGAAGCGGGCUAGCGCGUCAACUCUUUCGUUUUGCCCCCUUCGUGUUCGGACUGCGAUGGAGGUCCUCGCGGCCGGAGAGGAGGCCGAGGAGAGGCCGCAUCAUCGGCCGUUCCUCAUCGGUGUCAGCGGGGGAACCGCCAGCGGGAAGUCGACGGUGUGUGCCAAGAUCAUGGAGCUGCUGGGCCAGAACAAGGUGGACCACCACCAGAGGAAGGUUGCCAUCAUCAGCCAGGACUGCUUCUAUCGCGUGCUCACUGCCGAGCAGAAGGCUAAAGCUCUCAGGGGCCAGUACAACUUUGACCACCCAGAAGCCUUCGACAACGAGCUGAUGUACAAAACUCUGAAGGACAUCGUGGAGGGCAGAGUGGUUCAAGUCCCCACGUACGACUUUGUCACCCAUUCCAGAUUGGACGAGAGGAUCACGGUUUACCCGGCCGACGUGGUCCUCCUGGAAGGCAUUCUGGUCUUCUACCCGCAGAAAGUGCGAGACAUGUUCCACAUGAAGCUCUUCGUGGACACCGACUCGGACGUGCGGCUGUCUCGCAGAGUGCUACGGGACAUGACCCGAGGCCGGGACCUGGAGCAGAUCCUGUCGCAGUACACCACCUUUGUCAAGCCCGCCUUUGAGGAGUUCUGCCUGCCUACCAAGAAGUACGUGGACGUGAUCAUUCCCAGGGGAGUUGACAACAUGGUGGCCAUCAACCUGAUUGUGCAGCACAUCCAGGACAUCCUCAACGGCGACAUCUGCAAAUGGCAGCGGGGGGCCGUCAACGGGCAGGGCCAGGGCCGCCCCUUGAAGCGGGCCAUGGCGGGCGAGUGCCACCUGCAGAGCGCCAACCCGCCUGGAAAGCGGGCCCUGCUGGAGCCCAGCACUCGGCCACAUUAGCGGCCAACACCGUUUCCAGAGACCUUUAUCUGAUUUUGGGAUUUGCUGUUACACAGGCAAAGUUGUAUUUGAUAACACUCAACCGGGAAAUUUGAAAAAUGUGGAAACCUUCAAUGAGGAUUUUGGGGAAACAUCUCGUUCCCUCCUAAACAGAGAUCCACGUUGUGCUGCUUUUCCUGGUGUGCGCACUUUGGCCACCAGGGGACGGCAGAACACUAAACAGUUUCCCAUUGUGCUUAAUUCCCAUUGAAAGUUUCCAAUUUUAAAAAACGUUGCAAGCAUACAUACGCUCGGUCGGUCUUGUUGUUAGACUAAUAAGCUGAUUUAACGAUUUCUUUUGCACUGAUUGUGACCCAUCUUGUUAAUCUAUUUCAAGUUUGAACCCAGUGAGAGAUGUUUUUUGUCCACUGGAGAUUAUUCAAUGCCUUAAACACUUUCCAUGUAACAGGAAUGUUUUUUUUGUGUGUGAAUAAUAUAUAUAUAUAUAUAUAUAUAUGAUGAUGAUGAUAAAGUGUUCAUGUAUAGAAA